GAGAGAGAGAGAGAGAAGACGAAGAAUGCCGAAGCGGACGACGCACACGUACUCGAGCGAGGACGCGGCGCCGGACGGGCCCAACUCCGAUCUCUUCGUUUAUUACUGCAAGCACUGCAGUUCCCACGUCCUCAUCACUGGCUGACUUGGCCCUUGAAGCAAGAUAUCUUCGGCUUGCUGGGCUCUUGACGUACUUUUCCUUUGGCAUGCAUAAGAUACUCAAUUGCAGAAAAUGCCAAAGCGCAAGACUGACAAAGCACACGUGCUGGAUAAGACAAAACAUCUUGCUAGGCUCAAUGUUAAGGAGGCAGGAAAAAUUCUUCUAAAACGUGGUGAAGGAAAAUUAGAAAAGCAAUUUCGCAUGAGCUGUACUGGUUGUGAACUUUUUGUCUGUUACCGCUCAGAAGAAACUUUGGAGCAUGCCACUUUCAUUUAUAUUGUUGACGGUGCUCUGAGCUCAGUUGCUGCAGAAACAAACCCACAGGAUGCUCCUGUUCCCCCUUGCAUAUCCCAAUUGGAGGGUGGUCUUGUUCAAGUUGCAAUAGAAGUAGAAGACCGUGCUCAACGUUCAGCAAUAACAAGAGUUAAUGCUGAUGAUGUUCGAGUUACUGUAGCUGCUCCAGCUGCCAGAGGAGAAGCUAAUAGUGAGCUGUUAGAAUUCAUGGGCAAGGUGUUGGGCUUAAGAUUGAGUCAAAUGACCCUUCAGAGAGGUUGGAACAAUAAAUCAAAGCUUCUCAUUAUUGAGGACUUAUCGGCAAGACAAGUCUAUGAGAAGCUUCUCGAAGCUGUGCAGCCUUGAAGCAGCUGAUCAGAAUGAAGCAGACACCACUUUUACUGGAUGAAAAAUCUAAUUGUGAUUGCAGCUGCUGGUGGAUAAUUGCUUUUUAAAACCUGAUCAAGUAUCAUAAUUGCAAAUCUUGUUGCAUGCCGUUGCCAGUUCAUCGUCAUAUUGUCUCCCUGUCUGUAAGAAUAUCGAAGCAAGCUGAGGUGGUGCUUAAUGCAUUGGUUGGAAGACUUUGCUAUUUUAUAUCAGACAUACAGGUUAAGUCCCAAGUUGACUGCCAAAUCUGGAAGCCCAGAUAUGUUAUGAAUAAACCGAGCAUUGUUUUGUUGGACUGUGAAGCAGUGUUGACAUUUUCAGCACACCAAAGGUUAAGUAUUCUGUGAUGAUAUUGUAUCGAGAGCAUGUUUGAUUGGGCUUCUGACAUAUAUUACAUUGAAGUCUAGCUAACAAAGCUUGCCUAAAAUUUGGAGUUCUGGGUGGCUGGUUUUUGUUUACAGAGUUAUAAUCUAGCUUGUAUGAGGUUAUCAAAGUUUUACAAAAUUGUCUUCAUUUCCUUGA